AUGCCUCAAAAGUACAUAGAUGCUCUGACCAAUGGUGUAUUAUGAGUUGUUUGGCAUUAGGCCUUAUAAAGCUUACAUGGUAAUUGAUCCACAUUGGACCUAUGAAUAAAAUGACUAGCAGAAAAGUCAUUUUUAUGGCUGUUUCUUUGUGGUUCCCAUAGUAACCCACCAUUGAGUGAAGGAAUGCUGCCCCCUGGUGACUGGAUGUGUCAUCGCUGCAACGUCCGCAGAAAGGUGAGUGUUCAACAAUACAUGAUGAUGCUCACAACAGAGAGAUGGUAUUAUGCUUCAGGUGUGUUAGGCUGUUAACACCCAUUUACAAUGUAUCAAUACGAGUCAAAGUAUUGCAACAACCCUAGUAGUGGUGAAUACUGUCUGAUCCUAGCUGGUCCCUGACUCUGCUAUCUGACUGUCACCCUCAGAAGCGGGAGCAGAAGACUGAGCCGACAAAUGGCCUGCUGGAGAGGGAGAGGCCCCUCUCCAAACGCUCACCCCCCCCUGCAGCUGAACUGGAGCGGGGCACCACCACCAUUACCACCACUACGCUGCGUCUGGACAGGCUGCCCCCCGGGGUCGGAGCAGCAGGACCUGGUCUGCGGGUGGCUGCCGUGCAUCUCGAGCGUCUGGAGCGCCUUGAGCGACCGGGCACACCCACCCCCUCGGAGGAGCAGAACGAUGCAGAGGAGGGGGUGGCCAAGGCAGAGGAGGGGGUGGCCAAGGCAGAGGAGGGGGUGGUGGCCCAGGGCUCUGAACCUGAGCGAGCCACCACCACCACCACCCCUACCCCCACACCACGGCUCCUCAAGAGGCCCUUUCAGCUGCUCAUCGCCGCCGCCAUGGAGAGGAACCCCUCGCAGUUCCAGCUGCCCAACGAGCUCACUUGCACCACAGCACUGCCAGGCAGCAGUAAACGGAGGAGGAAAGAGGAGCUGAUCAUGAAGACUUUCAGGAGGCCACAGCAUGAGAUGGACCCCAACGGCCUCGUUCCUCUGCCAGUCAGGGUGUGCUUCUCCUGCACAAGGUAUGAUUAGUCAACCAAACCCGCAAUGUCAUCGUUAGUUAUAUCAACACACAUUUUUCAAAUACAAUCUGUAUUUGGGGAAUCUAAAUAGACUCCACCACUUAUAUUUUCAGAGUUUGUGUAUGUGUCUGCGUGCAGUAGUUGGCUGACCUUGCUAAUCCAAUCUUACCGUCUCCUCUCUGUCCUCCAAUCUGUCUUUCUCUGUGCUCCUCUCUGUGCUCCUCUCUGUGCUCCUCUCUGUCCUCCUCUGUGCUCCUCUCUGUGCUCCUCUCUGUCCUAUAGGAGCUGUAGAAUGGCCCCCUUGGUUCAGUGUGACUAUUGCCCUCUGCUCUUCCACAUGGACUGCCUGGACCCCCCACUCACUGCCAUGCCCACAGGCAGAUGGAUGUGCCCCAACCAUAUGGAGCACUUGGUGGUAAGCGGAGCAGCCAACCCCCUGGCAUUAUCUGGUGGCCAAGCAUCCUCAUGCAUGGAAUUGGGUUUCAGUUUUUUGGCAGGCCUAAAAACAGUAAGGAUAUGGUGAUUUUUAGACAGGAAUGGCUGUGUUUUCUCUGUAAAGGAAAAGGGUUUGUAGUUGUGUUUGGGUGAUAUCUCUCAACCGUAGUAUGUAGAAGUUAUUCCGUUACUGACGUGACCUGUUCUCCAGCUGAGCUUUAGGGUUUGUAGACUUGUUACAAGUGCAUGGUGUUGGGCUAAGGGUUGAUUCAGGGAUAGACGUCGCUCUGUUCCUGACAUGGCCUCCUGUCCUGUUCUCCAGCUGAAGCAGAGGAGCAUGUCCCUAACCAGCCGCUGCCAGCUCUUAGACCAGUUCCAGGACAGGAUAUCCCAGCAUGCCGUCAAGGUGGACUUCCUGCGAUGGGUCCACCGACAGAACCCGCCUGUCCGCAGCGGUGUCCACCACAAGACGAAGGCGCUCAAGGUAGCUUAUGCUGAAUCUGUCCCAGAGUAAAAGCCAUAUAAUGUUAUGAAAUCAGUUUUUGCUUGUCUUCACUUGGAAAUACUGUAGUGGUGAUGAAGACAGAUUUUCAAUAAAUUAUUGAUUUGUCAACUAAGCUGCUUUAAGAGUGAAUGAAUUAUGAAUGUGAAGAACCACAAUGGGACUUCACUGCUCCUGUAAAUAAUAUAAUGUGUGUGUGCCGUACAGGUACCCGACGCUGUUAAGUCCCAGUACAAGAACCCCCCGGCCAUGUUGGCUCCAGCAGGGGUGCGUAACGGGGAGCUGAUAUGUAAUGGCGUCCCAAACCAGGACUGCUCCCCUCAGCAUUUUACCAGCCAGGCGGAGCAACAGGAGGUAGGCAUGGCAGACACAGCAGAAACUCACCCACUAGUAACUGUCUACUACACUGGGAUUCAGUGGUUCCUUUGGGCUGUGCCUGAGACACAUCUGAAGCACUUGAUAAACAAAUCAAUGGGCUCUGGCCCAGCUAGGAGCAUAGGAGACAUGCUAGGGAUUAACUGCAAAUUAUUGAAUGUGUAAUAACUGUAAAUGUAUGUUUAUUUGGAGUUACUGGACGGGUGAAGGUGCUUGUUCUUUUCACUGAAAUGUUUUUUUCUUUGUUGUUCAGUGGCUUCGAGACGUCAUGGCGCUCCAGUGCAGCAUCAUGCGACAUUUAUCUGGCAAGCAGAAGUCCUUGUCAGACUGGGACUCUGAACAGACAGACAAGGAACAGAAAGACAUUAAGCCCUGUGUUGCUCUAGAGGAGACCAGCUCUCUGCCCCUUGCAGAAAGGACAGCUUCUGCCCUGCCUUCCCCCUGCUCUAAGCCCUGCCGUACAUCUGAUGGCACCCAGGGGGCCCCGGUACUGAAGGAACUCUCACAGGGCCAGGAAAGCUGCAGCUGCACGGUGAGGCCAUGUCAGAACUGUCUGACGUGCAGGAAAGUCAACGGGCCCCUAACGGAACAGCCUGUACAAGCCAACGGGCCGGUAGUGUGUGACGCUGCCUCAGAUGCAUGCAGACAGACAGAGCUCCAGCUGCACAUACUCACCCCUCCAGCCUCACUCCCAACCUCUGCUCUGGGGCUACCCAACCACCUGAGAAGAGGGGUUGUGGUUAAAACGGAGAGGGGCAGCCCCCUGGAGUCUUGCACUCAGAAAGGCUGUCCCCCUUCGACGUGUGCAGCUACAGGGCAGGACGUCAAGAGCCAGGCCCACGGGACUCCUCCAGGCAAGGCAGGGGCUCAGGCCACCCCUCUGAGCUGCUGCAGUGAGCUGACGCUCUGCCCAAGCCCCACCCCGGGUGUCCAUGUCUUCACCCCACCCAGAGCCGUCAAAGACUCCAGCACAGCAAGACAGCCCACCACCACACCUCACGGUUUCUCCCCAGGGCCAGAUCUAAAGGGCAGCUCCAUGUUACCCAGCUCCAUCUCCUCCUCCUCCAUAGCAGACCUGUCUGGAGGCAUGAAGGCCAUGAUGGAAGGGGAUGGGGGUAAGUAGCUACCUCAACCCCAUUCUAACAGUACCACUGUUCAUAAUUAGGCCUAGGUGAUGAGCAUCUCUUGCUGUCCAGUUUAAAAAUGUGUACUUUAUAAAAAGUUGCAUCAGUGCAUUAAUGUUUCGGCCAUGCUGAUUAAAUGGCCUGUAAUGCUGCUGUCAGAUAAUAGCUGAGAUACAGGAUUGUUUCAAGUGAAGUCUAUGAUGACGUUGAAACUUGUUGACGUUUUUGUUCAUACAGAGAUCGAGGUGAGUAACCUGGAUGAGGAGUUAGUCAAACUCCUGGCCUGGCAGAGGAUACAGCAGCUGUUCCCCCCCAAAGUGGCCCCAACCCCCCAAGGCAGCUGUCUAACCGCUACCCCUCCUCCCACCGUCGCCCUCAAACCUCAAUCUCCCGCACCACGCACAGAGGGUAAGACCCCCCCCGUCUGGCAGUUUCAUUUUAGUGGCAUAGGAAUGUUAUACAAUAAAAUGUAAUCCUCCACAAUCUGUAGCAAUCACAGAACAACAGAAGGAGGUGCAGGCGAGAGCAACGUUCUAUCCACUCAUGGGGAAGGGAGGAGCCAUCAACAUGUCUUAUAGGACCCUGUACAUAGGAGCUGGUAAGGACCGCCCAUGCUGUGUUAUGAAAUACUGUGAUCUUUACUCAACAUGGAACAAAGUCUCAUCAGUCUUUCUCUCUGACAACCCUGUGUAGGUGCUGACAUGGAUGUGUGCCUUACAAACUAUGGGCAUUGUAAUUAUGUAUCUGGAAAACACGCCUGCAUCUUUUACGACGGGGUAGGUUGUCUAUCCUGUUUGAGACACUGAAAGCUUGCCGAACAAAAAUUAUUUUUCCCAUUGCUAUGACCUGAGCAGUGAGCACUAUUUGAAUUAACAGUAGCACUACAGACAACAUGACUGAUGGUUAUCUUGUACCUGUGUGUAGAACACCAAGCACUACGAGCUGCUCAACUACAGUGAGCAUGGGACCACGGUGGACAACGUGCUCUACUCCUGUGACUUCUCUGAAAAGGCCUCCCCUAGCCCGGCUAAUGGCCUGGUGUCCAAAGUGCAGGGCAUUGUCCGUAAGUAACACACAGCAUAUGUGUACACACACACACUAGCAAUUUAGCUGAGUUUGAAACCCCAUGUCUCUCCUGUGUGCAACAUGCAGGUGGGUGUAUGUUAUGCCCCAUCACCUUAAACCUGUAGAGGUGGGGUGUGUGUGGUUUGGCCAGCCCUGUGUGUCUGUAGGAGACUUGUGAGUGAUGGUGCCCUCUUUCUUCAGGCCGCUGUAAGAUGAGAGAGCAGGAGGAGGGGGCUGAGGCUGGGCCAGGCCCCAGGACUGGUCUGAUGCCAUCAGGGGGAGUGAUGAGCAGCCAGCCCCAGGGAGGACCCAGGCUCUCCUGUAAUUGCAAGGCUAGCAGUUCCAGCCUGAUCGGUGGCAGCGGGGCCGGCUGGGAGGGCACAGCGCUGCUCCACCACGGCAGCUACAUCAAACUGGGCUGCAUGCAGUUUGUCUUCAGCAUUGUUGAGUUCGCCAGCAAGCAGCCCAAAGAAGAGGGAUCUGCCACCGCCAAUACCACCCCUGCCAAAACCACCCCUGCCAAUACCACCCCCAGCCAAGAGGGGGCAGACAGACUAUCAAACUCCACCAAGUGCAACUCUGUUCCAUAG